CGUGAGACACAUACAAAAUGAAAAGAUGCUGAAGGAGUGCUUGACGCCAUCUGUCAAGCAUGGUGAAGGUAAUGUGAUGGUUUGGGGGUGCUUUGGUGGUGGAAAAGUGGGAGAUUUGAACAGGGUAAAAUGGAUCUGGAAGAAGGAAGGCUAUCAUUCCAUUUUGCAACGCCAUGCCAUUCCCUGAGGACAGCGCUUAAUUGGAGCCAAUUUCCUCCUACAACAGGACAAUGACCCAAAGCACAGCUCCAAACUAUGAAAUAACUAUUUAGGGAAGAAGCAGUCAGCUGGUAUUCUGUCUAUAAUGGAGUGGCCAGCACAGUCACUGGAUCUCAACCCUAUUGAGCUGUUGUGGGAGCAACUUGACGGUAUGCUAUGUAAGAAGUGCCAAUCAAGCCAAUCCAACUUGUAGGAGGUGCUUCAGGAAGCAUGGGGUGAAAUCUCUUCUGAUUACUUUAACAAAUUGACAAAUAGAAUGCCAAAGGUCUGCAAGGCUGUAAUUGCUGCAAAUGGAGGAUUCUUUGACGAAAGCAAAGUUUGAAGGACACAAUUAUUACUUCAAUUAACAAUCCUUAUUUAUAACCUUGUCAACAUCUUGACUAUAUUUCCUAUUCAUUUUGCAACUCAUUUCAUGUAUGUUUUCCUAGAAAACAAGAACAUUUCUAAGUGAAUCCAAACUUUUGAAAGAUUGUGUAUAUCAUUUCAUUCAACAAUAGAUGUACAAAUCUCAGAUUGCCCCUUUAAUUAUUAAUUUAGCUUGAAAUAAAACAUCUUUAAAAUGCAAAUCCUUAUUACCAAACCCGAUUCAAACAUAGACCUGUAAAACCCUUAUCAUUUGGUUUAUAAGAUUUUCACAUUACAAAAUUCUCUUUGGUUUGUUUGGUCUUCUCAGUCUGUUUGCCCAGUUGGUAAAUUAUUAACAGUGUUAGUUAUCAUUAAAGUGAACAAUUUCAUAUUUGAGCUGCACAUUAUAACCCACCUUUUUUUUAGCGGUCUUGUAAACUGUCAGAAAUCCUGUAAGACCAGGUCUCAUUGUGUAAUUUACUAUAGCAUCUGCAGGGAUGUCAAAUAUUGCAACCUUGGAAAAUUAGAGGCUUGGUUAUGGGACAGUGGGUAUUCUUGCCACAGCACGCCGCACUUGGAAUGUUUACAACUCUGGGACGCUGCAUGGCGACCAAGCUCAGAUCGAGAGGAGGGAUCCCGCACCGUCACCCGCCCCCAUCUGCCAAAAGGUUACUUUCCAUUACAUCAAAAGAUCCGCUCAUUCAAGAUAUUGCAGGUUUCAUCGUGGGCGUGUCGUGCGGGAAAACGAUCGAUGUUUUGCGUAGAAUAAUGACCAUAACCGAAAAGUCUGUCUAAUGACCAAAUUGAUCUACUCAAUAGAGUUUGAGUUUACAGAGGACAGUAUCGCUCUUGCAGGAUUUCCCACGUUCUCAAUGACCAAAAGCAGACGGAGUUCUCUGGAGUUGACAGAUAAGACGUGACAAGGUUUAUUUAACGGACCUGCUUCAGGAAAUUUACUUCAAAACAUUUUGAAUUAUCUAAGUCAGCGACCAAACCAGCUAAAAUAUUAUGAUGCUAUACUUUGUGUUACUUUUCCUACCGUAUGUCCUCAGUGUACGAACGCGAAUGGUACUCCCUGGAUAUGAAACGUUGCGUACGAGAAAUGGGAACGAAAAUAGCCAUAAAGUUCUUACAGUAGAUAGGAAAGAAUGUAAGUUCCCGUUCCGUCAAGGAGGAAGCAUUCACCACCACUGUAUCACCAUCAGUUCAUCCAGACCUUGGUGUUCUCUGACGCACAACUUUGAUCGGGAUUUUCUGUGGGGAUACUGUGCAGCUGUGACCACGCAACCCAGUGUGUUCGUCCACUCAUCACGCAGAUUCACAGACCUGUGUCAGGUGAAUCCCUGUCAAAAUGGUGGCAUCUGCACUCUGGUCCCCCACAGACGCUCCUUUGAGUGCUCCUGUCCAGAGAACUUCACCGGGAGGCACUGUGAUCAGAGGAAGUGCUAUGAAACCAUACACCUGAGAUAUUAUGACAUCGGAGAAUCCUGGGGAAGGAUCUACCUUCGUAACGUGGAACGGUGCACAUGUGUGAACGGGGAGAUCUCCUGUGAGAGAGUCCGCUAUACCGUCUGCAGUGAGAACCCCUGUGAGAACGAUGGCACGUGCCGUCUCAUCACAGCCACCAGGGAGGAGGUGUGUGCCUGCAGGCCUGGCUACAGUGGACCCUACUGUAGCAUCGCUCCAGAAGUAGAGUGCUAUGACAACAAGGGCACAGACUACCGUGGCGUGGUGAACACCACCGUCUCUGGUGCCCUCUGUCUACCGUGGAACUCUGACCUGUUACAUGAUGAACUCCACAUGGGCACUGUGGAGCGCGCCACCCUCAGGGGCUUGGGGGAACACUCCUACUGCAGAAACCCAGACGGGGACAAGAUGCCGUGGUGCUACACCCUCAAUGACAGAGCCAUCUCCUGGGAGAACUGUGACGUUCCGUCUUGUGUCAUGCGUUCAUGGGGAAAUGAGCCACUGGUAAAGUCCAAAAUGAUAAGAAGAGCUUCUUCUCGGAGAGUGGUACAGGUGCCACGGCCGCCACCGCCACCUAACGUCCUCCCUGACACCAACCAAACCAAUGACGCCAAGCCAGCCAAGAAGCCUGUGUGCGGAAAGAGGCAUAAGAAGAGGAUAUCAGUGGCCAAGGGUCGCAUCCUGGGUGGCAGCUCUGCCCUGCCCGGUACCCAUCCCUGGAUGGCAGCCCUCUACAUAGGAGAUGACAGCUUCUGCGCGGGCACCCUGGUCUCGUCCUGCUGGGUGGUCUCUGCCGCACACUGCUUCUUUCGCAGUCCCCUUGUGUCGAAGAUCCGUGUGAUUCUGGGUCAGCUUAACUUCAACGUUACAACUUCGGACACCAAAACCUUUGGAGUGGAGAAGUACAUCUUUCCAGGCCGUUUCUCUGUCUUCAAUCCAACUCUCCAUGACAUUGUUCUGGUGAAACUGAAAAAACAAGAUGGCCACUGUGUGAGAAGGACUCAAUUUAUACAGCCUAUCUGCCUGCCGGAUAAAGCCAUGACCUUCCCAGACUACUACUGUUGUCAGAUCACUGGCUGGGGCCACAUGCAUGAGAAGGCAAAUAAAUACAGCAACCUGCAGGAGGCCGGGGUGAGGAUCUUCCCGUUUGAGAGGUGUAUCCAGCCUGAAGUCUACGGCAACCAUGUGACAUCCAACAUGGUCUGUGCCGGGACCGACCGAUGUGUGGAUGCCUGCCAGGGUGACUCAGGAGGCCCCCUGGCCUGUGUGAAGGAUGACGUCAGCUUCCUGUAUGGAGUCAUCAGCUGGGGUGAUGGCUGUGGAAAGACUGGGAAGCCUGGUGUCUACACCAAAGUUGUUAGCUACGUCAACUGGAUCAACACAAUUAUCAAGCGCAAGCCCAAGUCUAAAUGAAUGGACAUCAGCCUUAUUGUAUGGACCUUACAGCUUGUGUCCUAUUGUGGAAUAAUAGUGAUUUUUGCAUAACUGUGAAAUAAAUAUUAUUUUGUGACUGAAUAAAGAUUGUAAAUAUUGUUAAA